AUGUCUCCUAUUGCGAUCGAAAGCACGCUUGUCACUCCAGUGGCCCAAGAGAAUACUGUCAAUGGACUCAGUGCACUGAAAAGCAGCCAGACGUCAACAGAAUCAGCAACAAUAUCCACCCUCCCAGGCGCCGACCAUCACUGGAGAGUGACCUUGGAGCAUAAAGUAAUAGCGAUCACUGGGGCUAAUCGUGGUAUCGGUCUCGGUAUUGCCGAAGUAUGCCUCGCAAAUGCUGCCUCGGUGGUAUACUCGCUCGAUCUGCUGGAGCCCAGCGAAGAGUUCACAGCGAUCCAGAAAUCCCACCAUGGGCGAUUACGAUAUCUUCGAUGCGACGUCACCAAUGAAAUCAGUAUCACCAAUGCAAUAGAUGCCAUCGUCUCCGAAACAGGUCGCAUCGACGGUCUCGUCGCAAAUGCAGGCAUGACAAAACACCAGCCAGCACUCGAUUUCGAUCGCCCACAGCUCGAGAAAUUGUUCAAUCUGAAUGUCUUCGGUGCAUAUUUCUGCGCGACCAUCGCCGCGAAGAAGUUCAUCGAGCUGGGGAUCAAGGGUUCAAUCGUCUUCACGGCCUCCAUGACGUCCCACCGACCGAACCGUGCUGCUCCGUCCGCGCCCUACGGCGCCACGAAAGCCGCCGUGCGGAACAUGACGCAUACCUUAGCGAUGGAGUGGGCAGAGCACGGUAUCCGUGUCAACAGUAUCAGUCCUGGUUUUGUGAAGACAGCCAUGACUUAUUUCGUGGACCAGUCCCCGGAUUGGGCUUUGAAAACCAAGUAUUAUGGUGGCAUGCCGAGGUUGGCAGAGCCAAAGGAGCUGGGUGGUGCUUAUGUUUACUUGCUCAGCGAUGCUGCAAGUUAUACAACGGGUAUCGACAUCCCUGUUGCGGGGAUUGUGGGCGCUUGGUAG